AUGGGAAAGUCAAUUGGUAUUGAUUUAGGUACUACCUACUCAUGUGUUGCACACUUCACCAAUGAUCGUGUGGAAAUUAUCGCUAACGAUCAAGGUAACAGAACUACUCCAUCUUAUGUUGCAUUUACUGAUACUGAAAGAUUAAUUGGUGAUGCCGCUAAGAAUCAAGCUGCUAUCAAUCCACAUAACACCGUGUUCGAUGCUAAGCGUUUGAUUGGUCGUAAGUUUGAUGACCCUGAAGUAACUGCUGAUGCUAAACAUUAUCCAUUCAAGGUGGUGCCAAAGGAAGGUAAGCCAGCCAUUCAAGUGGAAUUUAAAGGUGAAACUAAGACUUUCACCCCUGAAGAAAUUUCAUCAAUGGUCUUAACUAAGAUGAAGGAAACUGCCGAACAAUACUUGGGUGGAGACGUUAAGGACGCUGUUGUCACUGUUCCUGCUUAUUUCAAUGAUUCUCAAAGACAAGCUACUAAGGAUGCUGGUACUAUUGCUGGUUUAAACGUUUUACGUAUUAUUAAUGAACCUACUGCUGCUGCUAUCGCCUAUGGGUUAGAUAAGAAGGGUCAAGGUGAACAUAAUGUCUUGAUUUUCGAUUUAGGUGGUGGUACUUUCGAUGUUUCCUUAUUGUCUAUCGAUGAUGGUAUCUUCGAAGUUAAAGCAACUGCUGGUAAUACUCAUUUAGGUGGUGAAGAUUUUGAUAAUAGACUAGUGGAUCAUUUAGCCAAUGAAUUCAAGAGAAAGAACAAGAAGGAUAUUACUUCGAAUCAAAGAUCACUAAGAAGAUUAAGAACUGCUGCUGAAAGAGCUAAGAGAACUUUAUCAUCUUCUUCACAAACUUCCAUUGAAAUCGAUUCUCUAUUCGAAGGUAUUGAUUUCUACACAUCUAUAACGAGAGCUAGAUUCGAAGAAUUAUGUGCUGAUUUGUUUAGAUCAACAUUGGAUCCAGUUGAAAAGGUUUUGACUGAUUCUAAAUUGGAUAAAUCUCAAAUUGAUGAAGUUGUUUUAGUCGGUGGUUCUACAAGAAUUCCAAAGGUUCAAAAAUUAGUUACUGACUUCUUUAAUGGUAAGGAACCAAAUAGAUCCAUUAACCCAGAUGAAGCUGUCGCUUACGGUGCUGCUGUUCAAGCUGCUAUCUUAACCGGUGAUACUUCAUCUAAGACUCAAGAUUUGCUAUUGCUGGAUGUGGCUCCAUUAUCUCUAGGUAUUGAAACUGCAGGUGGUAUUAUGACAAAAUUGAUCCCAAGAAAUUCUACCAUUCCAACGAAGAAAUCAGAAACUUUCUCAACGUAUGCUGAUAAUCAACCAGGUGUUCUAAUUCAAGUCUUUGAAGGUGAAAGAACUAAGACAAAGGAUAAUAAUCUUUUGGGUAAGUUCGAAUUAGCUGGUAUUCCACCUGCACCAAGAGGUGUUCCACAGAUUGAAGUUACAUUCGAUAUCGAUGCAAAUGGUAUCUUGAAUGUGUCUGCCGUCGAAAAGGGUACUGGUAAAUCUAACAAGAUUACAAUUACAAAUGAUAAGGGUAGAUUAUCUAAGGAUGAUAUUGAAAGAAUGGUUUCUGAAGCUGAGAAGUUCAAGGCUGAAGAUGAAAAGGAAGCUGAACGUGUACAAGCUAAGAAUGGUCUAGAGUCAUAUGCAUUCUCUUUGAAGAACACAGUAGGUGAAGCUAACUUUAAGGAAAAGGUUGGUGAAGAAGAUGCAAAGAAGAUUGAAACUGCUGCUCAAGAAACUAUUGAUUGGUUAGAUGCUUCUCAAGCUGCCGCUACCGAUGAAUACAAGGACAAGCAAAAGGAACUAGAAGCCGUUGCAAACCCAAUCAUGACUAAGUUCUACGGUGCCAAUGGUGGUGUGCCAGGUGCAGGUGGUCCAAUGCCAGGUGCAGGUCCAGCUCCAGGUGCCGGUGCCGGUGGUGCUGAUUCCGGUCCAACUGUUGAAGAAGUUGAUUAA